AUGCACUCAAAUGGUUGCGUAAAUGGCAGUCUUUCAGACGUCUUUCCAUCAAUUCCGCUCCAGGAUUCUGUCUCGAGCUCUCCCAUGAUAGGUAUGAACGGGCUGUCUAGCAACGAAGUGGCAGCGCGGAUAAAGUACCUGGGACUCAAUGUGUCCACGCAACUGAACGCUGCCAGUAAUCCAGGCAGUGUUUUCUUCAAUGAGGAUCGAUCUCGUACAAAUUUAAUCAUAAACUACUUACCACAAAGCUACGAUCAAAACGACCUCCAGAGGCUUUUUGAACGCGUCGGUCCUAUCCGUCAAUGUAAACUCAUUCGGGACAAGAACACCGGCGCUAGCUUGUGCUACGGCUUUGUUGACUUUGUCAACCCUCAGCAUGCCGCCCUGGCGAUCCAGAUGUAUCACGGCUAUGAGACUGAGCAGAAAAGGCUGCGUGUGGCUUAUGCCAGUUCAGGCGGUAGACGCUUCACCCCUAGUCAUCGUUUGCCUUCUGUGGCUAAUACUGUUGGUGCUGCUGGGUGUCUGACCAACGAAGUAACCAACGAGAAUGUUAUCGGAUGGGAAGUGUUUGUUGUGGGUAUUCCGAUGGAAUGGACGGAAGCAGAUCUUCUGCGACUUUUCAAUAAUUUCGGGAACGUCAUUCUCGUCCGGCUUUUAGCACCACAGUUAUCUGAGUCACCCCCGAGUCAUAAGGCGCGCAUGAGUUCUCCGGCUCUUAACGGCGCUGCAAGCGAUAUGAGCUCAGAAUCAGCUGAGGGAAGUCGUCUGACGACGACAGCCUCCGUGAUAUUUGAGGAACGAUCUAGCGCUGAGCAAUCUGUUUUUCGUCUAAAUGGUUAUCAUGCUCCGGAGUGGUCUUCUCCAUUGCGUUUACGUAUAAUAGGAUCGGUUACACGUGAAACAUACGGACUGUUCUGCCUCCCAUCUCGCCAGUCGCCUGCUUUCGGCCUUUCUCGCUUACCGAAUUCUCAAAACUCUGCAGAGCACUUUGAAUCUGAGGUUCUCAGUAAUCUUCUCAAUCGAAAGGCCUUGGGAUCGUCAAACUGUUUGCCCAAUGGACCACUGUCUAAGUCGGUGGAUCCCACCUCAUUGCAAUUGUCUUCUGAGUUACAUUCAACCAGCAGUUUUCCACACCCACGAGCUAUAAUCCGCAACAAAGGUGACGGGCAGUCAAUUCUGAACCACCAAGGAAAUCCAUUGGAGCUCUUGGAACUUCUUGAUGGACAAGUGGCCUCGAACACGUCCAAUUUGAUGGGUGGUAAUGAACGUUUUGCCAGUCGUGACCUUUCCCUUGUGAAUGCAUUAGCUGUCCAUCGAGCAUCUGAGCAAGAAGCCUCCAGGCUUGAGCAUUCCCUACGUGGCUUGACGGCCAACCAAUCACAAACAUGGACGUUUCCUCACCGCUCUGUGCUUGCUUCAGGGUCUGACGCAGCCCGAGGCGCCGAUUCUAUUGCUUCGAGUUUGCUGUCGAAUACCGUGAAGCGUCUUUCAAUCAAAACACCGGUCAUUGCAAGCACAGUAUUAUCUUCUAUGUCCUCACAGCGUGGAUGUCAAGUGAAUGUGUGGCUCAAGUUAGAGAAUUUGCAGCCCACUGGCUCAUUUAAAGUGCGAGGAAUGGAAAAUGUUUGCCGCAAGUGGGCGGCCUCGGGGGUCACUCAUGUUGUGUGCCCUAGUGGAUGCAAUGCUGCAGUUGCUGCUGGAUUCUGUGCUCAGGCUUAUGGUCUUACGUGCACUGUAGUGAUACCGGAGCCUGUCGAAAACACAGUUCGUCGACGUCUGGCCAUUGAUGCUCCAGACACCAAAGUAGUUGUUCAUGGGUCCGAUUGGUUGGAGGCGAAUCAUCGAGCCGAGCAGCUAGUCAAUGAUCUCCAAGCUGGUCACCCAGGUGAUUCGUCGAUACGCCUACUUCAUCCCUACGAUCACCCUGAUCUAUGGGAAGGGUACGAAGUCAUUGUUGACGAAUUGGCGCCCGACGUUGGGCAACCUGAUGUCAUCAUCUUGGCCGUCGGUGGUGGCGGCUUACUGGCUGGCAUAAUCCAAGGUUUGUGGAACCGUGGUUGGUCUUCAACCCAUGUGGUCGCUGUGGAGACUGAAGGUGCCGAUUGCCUCAGUCGUUCUAUGAAAGCUGGACAACUGCUUCUGGUCCCUCGCGUCAAUAGUAUUGCUACUUCCCUCAUAGCCCCAGUUUUAGCGCACCGCAGCUGGAAUCUCGCCCAGUUGCAGUCACUGACCCCCGUCAUCUGCACCGAUUCAGAGGCUUUAGAUGCCGUCAAACGUUUUCUCGAUGACCACGGCAUGCUGGUUGAACCUGCGUGCGGAGCCGCUUUGUCUGCAGUUUACUCAGGGGUCCUUGGCCGUUUGCAGCUAGAGGGACGUAUUCCCCGCCCGGCAAACGUAGUCGUCGUAGUAGGUGGUGGUCGCAAUGUAUCCCUAAGGCAAAUUCCGGAAUGGGAAGCCCAACUGAGUAUGUUCCCAAACGAUCAUCUGACUACGCCGUUCAUACCGCCAAUGACAAAUCCUUACUUAAAUCACACUUCACCCCGCACCACCGUUUGUUCCGAUGUGUCCAUUAAACAGCCAGUUGGUUUUGGUCAACAGCUUUCUCAAGAUGCUGAUGAGACUCUCAAGCUUAACUCGUCGACACCGAGCACCCCACGCGCAGUUUGCACUAUAUUGAAUCGAAAUGGUACUACCGCACCAGAAAGCGCUGAUUUGACUCAGAACGCAAGCGAACGUGAUGGCAGUGGUGAGUGUAGUGGUACCCUCAACCCCCACGAUCUGGUCAAUUUCUCCAAGUUACUUGCAUCAGACGCUGAUCCGGUUGAUGCUGGGGGCUUACGUGAAUGAUGCUGCUAAAGUUGAAUCAACCUUAUUCCGUUGAACGGUGUUUUUCUAUUUUAUUUUUUAUUUUGAUUACGAGGUACAUUUUACAUGUUUUCGUGUUCAUCUAUUUCACGUAGAUUUGGCCACGAGGCAUCCCCUUAUUGGUGUUGCUGCUCCUACUGAUUCUUUCUUUGUUGUGUGAGGCGGGCGGCUUACUCCAAGCGCACCUAUCGCCAUUCCUUUUCCGGUACUUUGUUCACUAUAGAGUGUUGGUUUUCUCCCUUGUCUCCGGUUCGCUGACUGUCUUCAGGGCUGCUCGCCGGUUUCCCUACCAUUACUACACUGACUUGUUUGUUUUCGUUUCUAUAAUCUUUAUAUACUGCUGCUACUAUUGUUCUGUAGAUACUUUUAUUUUCCAACAGCGUCCGAUAGUUUUUACUUUGUUUUGCCUGAAUUAUUAGUUUGCAUCGUCAUAAUCACACUUGAGUUUCUUGAGAUCACGCACUUCAUGGCGUGGAUUAAUCAAUUAUCAUUCCAUCGCAUUGCGCCCGUGCCUAUCUUCCUUCAUCUCUGUCUACCAUUACUGCUACUGGGUGCCUUGUAUUUCGUUCCUGUUAUCUCUAUCUCUGGUCAUUCUUUUCCUAUCACAGUUGCAUUUACCCUGUGUUUAUCUUCUUGAGGCUGCUUGUUCAUUUUAUUCCUCCACUCCGCGGCCCCCUGCCCAUGACACCCGUGACACUGCAUAUCUCGGAUGAUUGCUGUUCUAUUAAAGACUUGUGCGGAGCGCUUUUGCGUCCGAUCCCCGCACAAUGCAUUUCCGAAACAAUCGGCCGGCUUACCCCAUCUUCCCACCGUGUAUGGUUAUAUCGCCUUCAUCUUGGUUAGUGUCAACACCGGUUCUACUGGUACUGCGUUUUUUGUAUCUAUGAGCAGAUCACUGGCCGUGGGGGACUUCGGAUUCCAUUCCUUCGUCAACUGCUUCCCCAUUUGGCCCCCAGGCCCAGUUUCCUCCCAACUGCUCAGAGUCUGUUCACCACCAUACGUUCCGUUUCACUUUGACAGGCAGCUGGCCUGCAAAGUUUCCUACCGCAUUUGGUUUGUUCUUCAUUCGAACCAGUUUGCCUCUUCAUGUGCGUUCUUGCGUGUUCACUCCCACACUCCGAUUAUGUCGCACCUGUGCCUUGUCUCGCUCUUUUUUGUAGUCUGUCGUUUGUACUCUUUUGAUUUACAAAAAUACCACCAGCAUUCAUUACUUUUCUAAUUUAGUAACAUUUCAGAUUUUCAAUUUAUCUUCGGCCAUCCUACCACCAGUGCACACUGUUCAAUGGCGGCAACCUUUGAACUUAUGGGCCUGUUUUUUGCUUGUUCGUUUUUUCCUAGUACAUCUGGUUUUAUUGCCAUUUACUUUAAAUGCGCAUUACCUCUGCUUUGCAUUGUUUUUAUUUUUAUUAUACACGUGUGUUGAAG